AUGUCCCUUGGGUGUGUUUCGGCCAUUCUUUUGACAUGUUUCGAGUCGUAUCUUGAUGUCUCCAAUUCACCGAGCGCCCGCUUCCAUGGCAAUCUUGACAUCACGACAUUAGGAGGCGCAGGUUUCGCCAGUCAACGGACAACGACUGAAGAUAACACCUGGGAUCUGUCCAAAUACGAUGGCAUUCUCCUUCAGAUCGGAAAAUCCGAUGGCAAGCGCUAUACGUUUAUCAUCAAGGACAAGCUUCUCCCGAAGAAUCCGGAAAACGGACGGGAGCAAUCAACCACGAGCUGGGAGUACGAUUUUGAAGCCGGCGCAGGAGAAUCAACCUCGGGCGAGACUUCAUCUAUCUAUAUUCCAUGGUCGGAAUUCAAGGCCACGUACCGGGGGAAAGAGAAGAAAGAUGCGGGCAAACUGGCAAAGGAAAAUGUCAAGCGUUUCAGCAUCAUGAUGAGAAGUUUCUUUGGUGACCAGGAAGGCGAUUUCUCCAUCACCAUCAAGUCCAUCACAGCAGUUUCCAAACCAAAGGACUUGGAAAAGGGUUUCGUGGAACUUGCAGCUAGAUCAGCGGGUGCACAGGAUGACGAGGGAAAGCCCAAAUCUUAUUUUCGAAUCUUGGUGGAAAUUGUAGCAAUCGGUGUUUUUGCAUAUGGAUGGUGUUGGCUGAUCUGCCAGCACUCAGACGAUUUGCGUCUCCCCAAGCUCUGGAGCUAG